GGACAUGGUCCGACAAACGCGGCGGAGCCUUUUAGUCUGCCCAGUCGUCGCCAGCCCGUUACCCGCGGAUUUCCAACAAACAAUUGCAGACAUUCUACUUAGAGAUACCAUUCUCUCUCUUCCGUUGUCUCUCUAAAUAUGAGGUGGUUUGUGUCCUGGAACAUGGUGUAGCUCAAUCAUCAGUGAAGCAGCCUCAGCACACUUGCACUGAGCCAGGAUGUCCAGUAGCUCCGGCUACCCCGCCAGCCAGGGGAGCUUCAGCAGUGAGCAGAGCCGGUACCCAUCCCAUUCUGUACAGUACACAUUCAGCGGCACGCGGCACCAUCAGGAUUUCGCCGUACAGGAUUAUCGGACUCACAUGCAGGAUCCACAGGGUCGAAGAAGACCGUCUUUACUGUCUGAAUUCCACCCUGGGACUGAAAGGCCUCCAGAGAGACGCCAUGGUUAUGAGCAGCAGUUCAACUCCAUCUCCACUCAGCCUGAACACGAGGCACUGGAAGCUAAGCGCCCACGCAUGGAGUCCAUUGCUGAGGCGCACAUCACCCGCACCCCUCCUUCUUCUGGCAGUAUUCUGCUGCCUAUGCACCAUACGUUACAGGACAGCCUCAGAGCCACUGUGGAGGUCAAAAAGGAGUCGCCAUUCACUGUGAAAGUGGAAUGCCCUUCCCCAGGAGGAGCUACGUUACACAUUGGGGAAGAGCAUGACACCUCCCCUUCCAAGCUAUCGAAGGAGGAGCUGAUUCAGAGUAUGGACCGUGUGGACAGAGAGAUUGCUAAAGUGGAGCAGCAGAUUUCCAAGCUAAAGAAAAAGCAACAACAACUGGAGGAGGAAGCAGCAAAGCCAGUGGAGCCAGAAAGGCCAGUGACCCCUCCCCCAGUGGAACACAAGCAUCGCAGCAUAGUCCAAAUCAUCUAUGAUGAGAACAGGAAAAAAGCUGAAGAGGCCCAUAAGAUACUAGAAGGUCUUGGUCCCAAGGUGGAGCUGCCUCUGUACAAUCAGCCGUCAGACACAAAAGUUUACCAUGACAACAUUAAAACCAAUCAAGUCAUGAGGAAGAAGCUGAUUCUGUUUUUUAAGAGGAGGAACCACGCUCGUAAACAAAGGGAACAGAAGAUCUGCCAGCGCUAUGACCAACUGAUGGAAGCUUGGGAGAAGAAGGUGGAGCGAAUGGAGAACAACCCCAGGCGCAAAGCCAAGGAGAGUAGAACACGGGAAUACUAUGAAAGGCAGUUCCCUGAGAUCCGAAAGCAGAGAGAACAGCAGGAGCGCUUUCAGAGGGUUGGGCAGAGAGGAACAGGCCUCUCUGCCACCAUUGCCAGAAGCGAGCAUGAGAUAUCUGAAAUCAUAGAUGGCCUUUCUGAGCAGGAGAACAAUGAAAAACAGAUGAGACAGCUGUCGGUCAUCCCCCCCAUGAUGUACGACUCCGAGCAGAGGCGAGUGAAAUUCAUCAACAUGAACGGCCUGAUGGACGACCCCAUGAAGGUGUACAAAGCGCGGCAGUUCAUGAACGUUUGGACGGAGCAUGAAAAAGAGAUCUUUAAAGAGAAGUUUGUCCAGCACCCGAAGAACUUUGGCCUGAUUGCCUCCUAUCUAGAAAGAAAGUGUGUUGCUGACUGUGUCCUGUACUACUACUUGACCAAGAAAAACCACAACUACAAGACACUGGUGAGACGCAACUACGGUAGACGGAGGGGAAGGAACCAGCAAAUAACACGACCCUCACAGGAAGACAAGUCAGACGACAAAAACGAAGACGACAAAUCUGAGAAAUCAGAAAAAAAAGAGGAAGAGGAAAAGAAGGAAGAGGAAGAGAAAGAUGAAAAGGAGGAUUCAAGGGACAUUGGCAAGGACAAAGACAAGUGUGACGGCGGGGAGGACGAGGACGGAAAGGAGCAAAACACGCCGCGUGGCAGGAAGACUGCCAACAGCCAGGGCCGACGUAAGGGAAGGAUCACCACACGCUCCAUGGCCAAUGAAGCUGCCACUGUGGCGGCAGAGGAAGCACCUCCCCCUGCUUCAGAGGCUGCCGCGCCAGAUCCUCCUCUCCUCCCUAAAUCUGAUAUGGCUCAGAAGUCCAUAAAGGAACCUGCGAAACCGGCGACCCCAGUAGCUUCAGUAGACGCUAAAGCUGCUGCUGGUGAAACUGGAGAAACUUCUCGCUGGACCGAGGAGGAGAUGGAGGUUGCCAAAAAAGGCUUAGUUGAGCAUGGGCGCAACUGGCCGGCCAUCGCCAAAAUGGUGGGCACCAAAAGUGAGGCACAGUGCAAGAACUUCUAUUUCAAUUACAAAAGACGUCACAAUCUGGACAACCUGCUUCAGCAGCAUAAGCAGGACACACGGCGGGCUCGGGCCGAUGGAGCUCAAGGUGAAGGUCUGACCACAGCCUCACCUGAUGACGACGAGGACAAUGCGGAUGACAGUGAAGGAGGUGACAAUAGCUCCGAUACAGAGAGUGCCCCCUCCCCCUCUCAAACUGAUCCUGCAAAGUCUGGCGACUCCAAGAAACCAGACGGCGCUGCAGGAGAUGCUCAGAGCUCAGAUGAUCAAGUCAGCAAUGCAAAGACAUCUGACCCUUCCUCAUAUGGGAAUCUCUGCGUCAAGGAAGAGAAAAGCCCAGAGGGCGAGGCUGGUUCUCAAGAGGAAAAGACCAGAGUGGCUUCCUACUCAGGUGUGGUCCAUCCAAAAACCGAACCUCUGGAAGUGGACUUGAAAUCGGGAGAGAUUCAGGUGAAAAUGGAACCUGAGAUCAAGGAGAAAGGAGAUCACCAUGAAAGGCAGAGGGAGCUCCACUCGGAUAACGACUCCAGCGCCACCUGCAGUGCAGAUGAAGAUGUAGAAGCAGAGCCUGAAAGACAGCGAAUACUUUCUAUGGAGAAGCCCUCUUUGCUCAGCCCUGCAGGCACGGUCCUGGUGUCUUCAUCCAAGCAAGCUCCUCUCAACAUCCAGCAGAUGCAUCAGCGGGCAGCUGCCAUCCCACCGAUGGUACCCGGUCCUUAUGGCUCCGGUUCAGUGACCAUCAGCGGCUUUGCUAUGUUGCAGCACCAAAUCAAAGCCGUGCAUGCGUCAGCACAUCAAGACGACAAGCAGAGGCAGGAUCAGGGGGACGUGGAGCGUAGACCACACUUCAACACUCGCAGCCCAAGUGUACUCGACAGAGAUGGUAAGCCCCCUCCCUACAUGCCUUAUGAAAUGAUGUUGGCUCUGGACCAGGAGGCCCUCUCUGGUAGGUCAGGCUCCCCUCACAGACUGUCCCCCAGGGAUCUAAGCAAGUCCUCACCCCAGCCUGACCCCAACAUCCCCAAUGCUUCCCGCUACACUGUGCCGCCAGUCCUCCACCCAGCCCCCAACCAGCUGAUCCAGAGUCUGCCAGAUGGAGUGCGGAUGACUUUCAGCAGACCCAGUCGACCUCCCAACAUUCCCUCUCCUCCUCCUCUCAUUCCAACCACCAAACCCACAGACAAGCCAUCCUUCAUUCACGGGGGCUCCAUAUCUCAGGGAACCCCAGGUACGUACCUUCCUUCCCACGCUGUUUAUGGGCCUGAGGGGAGUAAGAGCACUGUGGGCUCCAUCUCUCUGGGUCUGCCUCGGCACCAGGAUCCCAACAAGUCUGGAGCAGCAGUUCCAUCAAUGCAUGACGGUAGAGGAAACCUGACAAAAAUGGGCGAGAGCCUGGCUUUCAGAGGCUCAAUCACUCAGGGCACUCCAGCCCUCCCCCAGUCUACUGUUGCUGCUGACCUGCUGAAGGGCACCAUCACCAAACUGGCCACAGAAGACCUGAGCAGCUCUGACAAGUCCAGAGGAGACCAACUGACUAAAGGUCACGUUAUCUAUGAAGGCAAGAGUGGUCACAUCCUCUCUUAUGAUGCUAUCAAGAACCCCAGGGAGAACACCCGCAGCCCCAGAAGUGGCCAUGAGUUGAAACGCACCUAUGACAUGGAGGGGUCCAUUGGCAGAGGCCACGCUGGCAGAGAAGGAGCUCCAUUCGAAGGUUUGAUUAGCAGAGCCAUGCCCAGAGAAGUUCUCCACGGAGAUGCCAAAGAAAGAUCACUAAUCGCCGGAUCCAUCAUGCAAGGGACACCUAGAACCGCAGCAGAGACAUACGAAGACACUCUGAAAUAUGGAAAACGCAUUAAACGAGAGAGCCCUCCCAUCCGCUCUUUUGAUGGGGGUAUUGGCAAAGGAAAGCCAUACGAGGGGGUCAACACCAUUAAAGAGACCGGGCGCUCCAUUCAUGAAAUCCCUCGACAAGACCAGCCUGGCCAGGACCUCAGAAAGACCCCUGACCUGUCAGAUAGGAGGGUCAUUGAGGGAUCCGUGCCUCAGGUUAGACUGAUUCACUCCCUGAACCAGCCUACGAUCAAGCACAACGUCAAGUCCCUCAUCACCAGUCCCAGUAAGCUACCCCACAGCAUACCCCAUCUGGAGGCCAUGGAACGAGCCAAAUAUGAAGAGAGCAAGGCGGUGCGCCACACCUCCGUGGUUAACUCUACCACCUCUGUGCUGCGGUCCACACACCAAGAGGCUGGCAAAUCCCAGCUUAGCCCCGGCUUGUAUGAGGAUGCCAACGCUCGCAGGACCCCUGUCAAUUACACCUCCAGUCCUGUGACCAGAGGUUCACCCAUGCUAGGACGCUCAUCAGACGGAUCCAAGUCUUCAGCACAUGAAAGAAAGAACGCCAUGACACCCACGCAGAGAGAAAGUGUCCCAGCCAAGUCCCCGGUGUCUGGCGGUGACCCCGGGGCUUCUCACAGCCCUUUCGACCCUCACCACAGGCCGGUCGUACCCGGGGAAGUGUACCGAGGCCACCUGCCAUCACAUAUGGACCCCAGUAUUGCCUUCCACAGAGUGAUUGAUCCUGCCUUCAUGUUUCCUCGGCAGCCAUCCCCGACUGGCUACCACAACACAUACCAGCUGUACACCAUGGAGAACACGAGGCAGACCAUCCUCAACGAUUACAUCACUUCCCAGCAGAUGCAGGUCAUCCCCCGGCCUGAUAUGGCCCGUGGGCUGUCACCGCGAGAACAGCCCGUUGCUCUUCCGUACCCAGCUGCAGCAAGAGGGAUUAUUGAUCUAGCCCAGAUGCCUCCAACUAUCCUGUUGCCUCAUCCUGGGGGAACAGGUACUCCCACUUUGGAACGCAUCGCCUACCUCCCUGGAGCUCAGCCCCCUUUCCCUACUAGGGCUUUCAACCCAACUUCCAUAUCGCCAGGCCACCCUGCCCACCUUGCUGCCGCCGCUGCCAGUGUGGAGAGGGAACGGGAACGCGAGCGUGACCGUGAACAGCAGGAGAAGGAGAGGGAAAAGGAACGGGAGCAAAGGGAGCGCGACCGAGAGAUUCGAGAACGGGAGCGAGACAGAGAGCGAACAAGUGAUUACAUCCGUGGAAGUGGAGCAGAGCAACCAGGCCGACCAGGAAGUCGAGGUUACCUCCACUCCCCGUCACCCUCACUCAGGACGCAGGAAGUGGUUGUUCAGCAGAGGCCGAGUAUCUUUCAGGGCAAAAGUGUCAUCACUUCUCUAAUGCCUCAUUCAGCAGCACCAACAUCAGCGGCCCAGAGUAACUCUCGUUACAGUACUGCCGCUGAUGCGCUGGCCGCAUUGGUGGACAUUGCUGCCUCCGCCCCCCCUGUGGAUGUGACCAAAGUGAAGGAGAGCAAACGGGACGAACGGGAUGAUGAAAUAUCUUCAACAUCUCGGCGAGCAGUGAGCUUCUCGGAACAGCAGCAGGAGUCAGACCGGAGAUCGGUAGCAUACGGUGCCAUGACUCUGCCAGGGGGCAAGCCCCACCCGGCAUACCCUGAGGGUGCUGGAGCUAAAGAUAAGGGACCUCAAACAUCAAAGUCUCGUAUUGAGGAAGAGCUUCGAACCCGUGGAAAAACAACCAUUACGGCCGCCAACUUCAUCGACGUCAUCAUUACGCGACAGAUAGCCUCUGAGAAAGACUCACGAGAGCGAGGCUCUCAGAGCUCUGACUCCUCUAGUAGCUUGUCAAGUCGAUAUGACAACCCUGCCGGAGGAGCCAUUGAAGUAAUAAGUCCUGCAAGUUCUCCAGCGCAAUCCCAACAGGAGAAACUUGACGAGGGGCAACAGACAGCAGCUGGUAUGCGGUCUUAUGACAUCAGUCGAUACCGACCUUCAGGAGAGCUGCCACAGCCCAGUUCCCAGCAGCCAGCCUCCUCCCAACCUGACAGCUACUCCCAAAUCUCCAAGACACACCGGGUCAUGACCUUGGCAGACCACAUCUCGCAUAUUAUAACCCAAGACUUUGCCCGGAACCAAGACGUUCCCACAGCUUCUUCUUCAGCCUCUGCCACAUUCCAGAGCACGGUGCCAUCUGUGCCUUCUUCAGGUCGAACUAAGUUGACCAGCCGCUACAGUCCUGAGACUCAAGUCCAUGCCCCACAUCACCACAGGCCCCCCAGCAGGGUUUCCCCAGAAAACACUACAGACAAGCCCAGAUCCAGGCCUGGAAAGUCUCCAGAGAGAGGUGGGAGGCAGAUGGACAACUACGAACCAAUCUCGCCACCACAGACCUACCAAAGCAUGGACAAGCAGGAGGCUGCUGGGCCUGCAAUCCAAAGACGAGAGGCCGAUAACUCUGAGAUCAGGAGCGACUCCCGAUCCCCUGGCAAUGUCAGUUAUCUGCCCUCCUUCUUCACCAAACUAGAGAACACCUCACCAAUGGUGAAAUCCAAAAAGCAGGAGAUCUUUCGUAAGUUGAACUCCACCUCGGGUGUCGGUGAUUCUGAUGUUGGAAAUGCCCAACCAGGCACAGAGAUUUUCAACUUGCCUGCAGUUACCAGCUCCAGCAGCAUCAACCCCAGGAACCACUCUUUCAGUGACCCUGCUAGUAACCUGGGCCUGGAGGACAUCAUCCGUAAAGCCUUAAUGGGCAACUUGGAGGACAGACAGGAGGAGCACCAAGCAGCAGUAGGUGCCAUCAGCAGCACGAGCAGUGACACCCGCCAGGAGGCCAACCCGUCACCCGGCAUCGGGAAGCAGAAGCAGAGCAAAGCCAACAGUCGGAAAUCCAAGUCUCCUAACCUGGGUCAGGCCUACUCAGGAGGGGAUCGUCCCUCCUCAGUGUCCUCUGUCCACUCGGAUGGAGACUAUCACAGACAAUCACAAGUCCAGUCCCAGUGGAGUUGGGAUGACCGACCCUCAUCUGCGGGGUCCAUGCAGUUCCCUUACAAUCCGCUGACCAUGCGCAUCAUGAGCAGCACGCCACCCACCUCCAUAUCGUCCCCUUCCAUACAGAGCCAGCAGCAGCAUCAGCCGCCCCCCGCUGGCGCUCAGGUGGGCCAGCAGCGUGUGUGGCAGUCUCUGCUGUCAGAGCAAUACGAGGCCCUGUCCGACAGUGACGACUGAGCUCGGCCCGCUUACUCGCCCUGUAGCCAAGAAGGGAGGAAAAGCGGCCAAGCCGAUUGCAAAUCUGUUCUCCCCCACCUCUUAAACAGGAGUGUCAAGUCAAGUCGACGGGGUGGUAUCCUUCAAUUUUUUUUCCUGGUGCUAUGGCGCCCCCUGGCUGUUAGCUGAGUGUACAAGCAGCAGCCCGUGACGGACUGGGCUCUCCAGAACAAGACUUUUUGGUUUGGAAGCGCUCACCCGGUCUGUUGGGGAAAUAAAACUCGACUGAGUGGAUGACUUGAGAUACAGUGAAGUAGAUAUGUAAAUAGGACCAUUUUGUUUGAUUUCUGUAAAGCUAUAAAUCAACUUUAAGAAAAUGUAUGUAAAUAGGUAAACUUUUUUUGCAGUGUUUUUCUUAACUUGAUUAUUUCUUAUUUUAAUGUCGCUUUUAAAUGAGUCCACUCUAAAUGCUAAGUAAAGAUGUGUAAUCUUUAAUGCUGCAGGUGGUCUCCCAUCACUUUAAUACGUGAUUUCUACUCUCCCUGCAAGCCCUCCUCCAAGCACCCCAUUACAGGCUGGGAAGAUACACUGCUGACAUUUUAAACAGCGUUUGUUGUCUAAGUUACAGUGCAUCCGGAAAGUAUUCACAGCGCUUCACUUGGUCCACAUUUUAUGUCACAGCCUUAUUUUACGAUGGAUUAAAUUCAUUUUUUCCCCUCAAAGAUUUUACAACACCCCAUAACAAUGUGGAAAAAGUUUUGAAAUUGUUGCAAAUUUAUUUAAAAAAAAUGUAAAAACCUUAAAAAAAAAAAAAAUCACAUGUACAUAAGUAUUCACAGCCUUUGCUCAAUACUUUGUUGAUGCACCUUUGGCAGCAAUUACAGCCUCAAGUCGUUUUGAAUAUGAUGCCACAAGCUUGGCACACAGGUCUUGGGCAGUUUCUCCCAAUCCUCUUUGCAGUACCUCUCAAACUCCAUCAGGUUGGAUGGGAAGCGUUGGUGCACAGCAAUUUUCAGAUCUCUCCAGAGAUGUUCAGUUGGAUUCAGGUCUGGGCUUUGGCUGGGCCACUCAGACAUUCACCGAGCUAUUCUGAAGCCACUCUUUUGAUAUCUUGGCUGUGUGCUUAGUGUCAUUGUCCUGCUGAAAGAUGAACCGUCGCCCCGAGGCCAAGAGCGCUCUGGAGCAGGUUUUCAUCCAGGAUGUCUCUAUAUAUCGCUGCAGUCAUCGUUCCCUCUAUCCUGACUAGUCUUCCAGUUCCUGCUGCCGAAAAACAUCCCCAAAGCAUGAUGCCGCCACCACCAUGCUUCACUGUAGGGAUGGUAUUGGCCUGGCGAUGAGCAGUGCCUGGUUUUCCCCAAACGUAACGCCUGGCAUUCACUCCAAACAGUUCAAUUUUUGUGUCAUCAGACCAGAGAAUUUUGUUUCUUGUGGUCUAAGAGUCCUUCAGGUGCCUUUUGGCAAACUCCAGGGGGGCUGCCAUCUGCCUUUUUUUACUAAGGAGUGGCUUCCAUCUGGCCACUCUACCAUACAGGCCUGAUUGGUGGAUUGCUGCAGAGAUUCCUCUCCACAGAGGAACAUUGGACCUCUGACAGUGACCAUCAGGUUAUUGGUCACCUCCCUGACUAAGGCCCUUCUCCCCCGGUCACACAGCUUAGAUGGCCAGGCCAACUCAAGGAAGAGUCCUGGUGGUUCCAAACUUCUUCCACUUACAGAUGAUGGAGGCCACUGUGCUCAUUGGAACCUUCCCCAGCCUUGUGCCUCAAGACAAUCCUGCCUCAGAGGUCUACAGACAAUUCCUUUGUCUUCAUGCUUGGUUUGUGCUUUGACAUGCACUGUCAACCCUGGGACCUUGCAUAGAUAGGUGUGUGCCUUUCCAAAUCAUGUCCUAUCAACUGAAGUCACCAUAGGUGGACUUGAUGAAACAUCUCAAGGAUGAUCAGUGGAAACAGAAUGCACUUGAGCUCAAUUUUGAGUUUCACGGUAAAGGCUGUGAAUACUUGCGUACAUGUGAUUUUUAAGUUUAAUAAAUUUGCAACAAUUUCAAAAAACUUUUUUCACAUUAAAGUGUUGUGAAUACUUUCUGGAUGCGCCGUACAUCUGCAGUUUUCAAGCUUGUGCAGAAGGGUGUGCGUCACAAUAUUUGGAAUUUUCUGUAUUGCUUCCACCCCACUCUCCAUUUUUUACAAAUGUUUUUGUCAUGCCUUGUGCUUGAGAAAGAAGGCAGCUUUAAUUUUCUCAGCGAUACGUCUGUGUUGGAUGUUUGUAUUUGUUUCUCGUACCUUUUUAAAAAAAACAAACAAAAAAAACCACCUCCCUGAAACAAAAAAUUUGUAGAAUGUCUUUCCAAUUCAAGACAAUUUUGCACUUUUUGCUUAUUGGUAGGAAAAUCCAUCGUACAUCCUGUUUAUUUGUGAGUAAUUGAUAAUGUUCUUCUGGGUUUCCCACCACUCACAGCUAUCAGUGAUUCCAAACCACGGCCUUUCCGUUUCUGGGAUGUCAAAUAUAAACUGAACCACACGGACACCAUAGAUGGCUGUAAUGUUACUUUCAACUAUAUGUGGAUAAAUGCUCGCCAUCUUCACUUUUUACUUUGCUGUCCUUUGCUUUAACUUCAGUAUGUACUAUCCCCAUUUUUAUUUACACUUUCAAUCUUUUGUCACAGCACAUGUUCACAUUGUUUUUCUAUUUCCACAUAUUUGUUUUGUGUCCUGUUUAGAUGGGAUGGUAGUUGUUUACAAAGGCAGUGACAAAUGUUUACAAACUUGAAUUUGAAAAGAAAUAUCGACUUGAAGCCGAAAAAGAAUUACGUCUUUUCAAGCUAGAAAACCCGCAGUUGUGACUUUUGUUUUUUUUUUUAAUCCCGACUUGAAAAUGCUUGUAUCCUUUGACGUUGAAAUGCAAUGAAUCGUAUGGCACAAUGUCUUUUAGUUGGCAAUUACAAAAGUUCAGACCAAUCAAUAAAGUGGAUCAGUGUGAAAUGUUA